GGCACCAGGCGGGGUGCGCGCCCUCCCGCUUCUCCACCCGGAAGAGCCUCCUGAACGGCGAAGUCGAGGCGGCGCGCGGCUCGGCGUCCGUCUGGUGCGCGGGCCCGCCAAGCAGCCGGCGCGGCGCCUACUUCACCCAGGCGCCAGGAGGACCCGUCGGAGCCUGCGCGCCCCCGCGGCCGGCGACGCCUCGAGCGGCCGGCGCACGCGCCCCGCCCCGCCCCCAGCGGCCUCUUCGCGCCCCCCGCCGCCAGGCCCGAGCUCUCCGCGACCCUCAGCCUUGGGAGCAGCGCGUCCCCGGUGACUUCUAACACUGCAUGUCCGCCAUCACCUAGAUUCAAGAUGAAUAGUGAUCAAGUUACACUGGUUGGUCAAGUGUUUGAAUCCUAUGUUUCGGAAUACCAUAAGAAUGAUAUUCUUCUAAUCUUGAAGGAAAGAGACGAAGAUGCUCAUUACCCAGUUGUGGUUAAUGCCAUGACCCUUUUUGAGACCAACAUGGAAAUUGGGGAGUAUUUCAACACAUUCCCCAAUGAAGUACUAACAAUUUUUGAUAGUGCUCUGCGAAGAUCAGCCUUGACAAUUCUCCAGUCCCUUUCUCAGCCUGAGGGUGCCUCUAUGAAGCAGAAUCUUCAUGCCAGGAUAUCAGGGUUGCCCGUUUGUCCUGAGCUGGUGAGGGAGCACAUCCCUAAAACCAAAGAUGUGGGACACUUUUUAUCUGUCACUGGGACAGUGAUUCGAACAAGUGUGGUGAAGAUCCUGGAGUUUGAGCGGGAUUACAUGUGUAACAGAUGCAAGCAUGUAUUUGUGGUCAAGGCUGACUUUGAGCUGUACUAUACCUUCUGCCGGCCGUCCUCCUGUCCCAGCUCGGAAAGCUGUGAUUCUUCAAAAUUCACUUGCCUCUCAGGCUUAUCUUCAUCUCCAACCAGGUGUAGAGAUUAUCAGGAAAUCAAAAUUCAAGAGCAGGUUCAAAGGCUAUCUGUUGGAAGUAUUCCACGAUCUAUGAAGGUUAUCCUGGAAGAUGACCUAGUAGACAGUUGUAAAUCUGGCGAUGACCUCACUAUUUAUGGAGUCGUAAUGCAACGGUGGAAGCCCUUCCAGCAAGAUGUACGCUGUGAAGUGGAGAUAGUCCUGAAAGCCAAUUAUGUCCAAGUAAAUAAUGAGCAGUCUACAGGGAUCAUCAUGGACGAGGAGGUCCAAAAGGAAUUUGAAGAUUUUUGGGAAUCCUAUAAGAGUGAUCCCUUUGCAGGAAGGAAUGAAAUAUUGGCCAGCUUGUGCCCUCAAGUUUUUGGGAUGUAUCUAGUGAAGCUUGCUGUGGCCAUGGUGCUGGCUGGUGGGAUUCAAAGGACUGAUGCUACAGGAACACGGGUGAGAGGUGAAUCUCAUCUUUUAUUGGUUGGGGAUCCUGGCACAGGGAAAUCUCAAUUCCUCAAGUAUGCAGCAAAGAUUACACCGAGAUCUGUGCUCACAACAGGGAUUGGAUCUACUAGUGCAGGUCUGACGGUAACUGCUGUGAAAGACUCAGGAGAAUGGAAUUUGGAGGCUGGAGCAUUAGUACUUGCAGAUGCGGGCCUUUGCUGUAUCGAUGAGUUUAACAGUCUCAAAGAGCAUGAUAGAACCAGUAUCCAUGAGGCAAUGGAGCAACAAACCAUAAGUGUUGCUAAGGCUGGCCUCGUGUGCAAGCUGAACACAAGGACCACCAUUCUGGCAGCAACUAACCCCAAAGGCCAGUAUGACCCCCACGAGUCCGUGUCCGUGAACAUUGCCCUUGGCAGCCCACUCUUAAGUCGAUUUGAUCUGAUCCUGGUUUUGCUUGAUACCAAGAAUGAAGACUGGGAUCGUAUAAUUUCCUCCUUUAUCUUAGAAAACAAAGGUUACCCAAGCAAAUCAGAAAAGCUCUGGAGCAUGGAAAAGAUGAAAACCUAUUUCUGCCUGAUUCGAAAUCUACAGCCCACACUGUCUGACGUGGGUAAUCAGGUUCUUCUCCGGUACUACCAGAUGCAGAGGCAGAGUGAUUCCCGGAACGCUGCCCGGACCACCAUCCGCCUGCUGGAAAGCUUGAUCCGAUUGGCAGAAGCUCAUGCUCGCCUGAUGUUUCGUGACACUGUGACUCUGGAAGAUGCUAUUACAGCAGUGUCAGUAAUGGAAUCCUCGAUGCAGGGAGGUGCACUGCUAGGAGGUGUGAAUGCACUUCACACUUCCUUUCCUGAAAACCCUCUGCAGCAGUACCAGAGGCAGUGUGAACUCAUUCUGGAAAAGCUGGAGCUGCACAACCUCUUGAGUGAAGAGCUAAGAAGACUUGAAAGGUUACAGAAUCAGAGUGCGUACCAAUCCCAGCCCCAGGCAGUGGAGGCAGAGACUAAUCCAGGAUCCUUGAAAAAUGAUCCAGGAGAAGAAUGCAAGUCCAGAAUCUGGUCAGCACGGCAGGAAGUGAACUGUAGUACGCUGACGUCCUCUGCUGGAGGCAGUCCUGAGGGAAGCCCACUUCCCAGUCCCCUCUCCCCCCUGGGGCCUAAUACAUCAACAAAUAGAAAACAUUUACCUGAGCACAAAUACAGCAAAGAUGAGAGUUUGGACUGGUUUGACUGCAUAGCAGCUCAUCAGAUUGAGUCCAAAAACACUGUUCCUGUGUCUCCCAAAACAACUGGGGGGAAAAUGGCUUUGAAAAUCUUCCAGAACAAAUCUCAGGGUAAGGAAAGGAAUGAGCCAGGCCAAAGGCGCAAAUUGGAAACUGGACAGCUUCUAGCACCAGGAGAGGCAGAAGCUCCAUCGAGGCCAGAUAAUGUGGAAGGUAAAGAGGCAAAAAAGGCAGCAAUGGUUUCUGAAGUGGCAGUGCCUGCUGGUGAGCCAGACUCGGUACUGAUGCAUCACGUCUCCAGGAAACUGCACACGCUGCACACGGCAAGGGCCCAGGAGCUGUACAGGAAUCCCUCCAGGGCGCCGUCACGGCCCACAGGCUCUCCUCAUCCUCACUCUGGUCCUGUACACAGCCCACAGGGAGCGUGGGAAACUCCCAAAAGAACGAGACAGAAAUCCCUUGCUCAGAGGGAAGAGCCUGAACUUGAAUAUGCCGAGAGUCCAGGUCCCCCGUUGGCCAAACUAGCAAAAUUUACUUUCAAACCAAAGUCGAAACUGAUCCAUUCCCCUGAAGACCACAGUCAUGUGUCUCUGGGCACAACUGAAGUAGCCAUCCCAGGUCCUGAAACUCCCCACGUUGCAAGCAGAGACUCAACCUCGCCUGUGAAGGGUUCCCAAAAGUUGGCCUCUCCCUCAGGAAGCAGGAACUCAAACCAGCCACAGAGUGAGGCAAAGCAGGUGUCCCGGAAGCCACCGGAGGAAGACAGGUCAAGAGAGGAGAGCAAACAUGUCCCUGAAAGGAGAACCAUCCAGCCUGAAGUAGAGCUUGGGAACAAGACUGAGCAUUCUCAUCUUACUUGUCAAAGAGACAGAAAGGAAGAGGUCUCAAGCAGUAACAAAAGCAGCAAGGUUCACUCCUGCACAUUAGCCAAAUUGGCAAACUUCUCCUUUACUUGCCCCUCUGAAUCCAAACCGGAAUCCCUUCCUCCUCCUGAAAGUGUGAACCAGGGAGAGAGAGGCCCAAGCCCUCCUCCCGGGACUGCAGCUCCAGUGCCUGGCAAGAAGAGGAGAACUUUCCAGCUAGAGGGGUCCACUGAGAGAUUGGCUCUUUCCAAAAAAUCUCUCUUUACUUUAUCAGAACUAGAUGACGAAGCAUUGGAUUUUGAUUGGGAUGAAGAAAUGAGAAAAAAACCAUAAUCAUGAAAAGCUUUCAGGUCAAAUUUCAGCCUCCCCAGCUCAACACGGCACCUUUGGGAUAUUGACGUGGUGUUUAUAUGUGAACAAAAACUCUUGGCCAUAAUGAGUUCCAUUUAGAAUACCAGCACCCCCGACAGGCUUUAUAAUUUCAGCUUUACCUUCAUGACUUGAAAAGUCAUAUAAUCAGUGUCUGGCAGAGUCGGGCAGUGUCAUACCAGCACUUGAAUUAAUUGAAAUUAUGCUUAAUUUUGCAAAUGUAAUACUUGUAUUCCCAAAGAUGUUUCUGUUUGUUUUGGGUUGGUUUUUUGUUGGUUUUGUUGUGUUGUUUUUGUUUUGUUUUGUUUUGUUUUAUUUUGUUUUGUUUUGUUUUAAUGGGGGUUGGGUCUUCGGGAGAUCAUUUCUUUCAUUUACUUAGGAACAAAUGCCAGGAAGGUAGCCCUCAUAAAGUUAACAGGUUAGGUGGAGAAUAUUCUCAUUUUUUUUCCUUCACCCAAGAUGUGCUGAGUGUGAUGAAUAUUGUAAUUUUCCAAAAUGAUGUGAUUUUUCUAACAUUUUUGUGUUUAUUCUCAUGUGUCAAAUCAGAUGUGCUAAUGCUUUUCCUUCUUUAGGAGGCAUCCUUACGGUUCCAUGGUAUUCUUAAAGAUCUGGCAACUGGUCAAACAGCAGCUUUCUGAAGUAUUGACCUUUUGAGUUUUCCCUGUUGUCUUGAGCCAACAUUUUGUGCUUCAGAUUCUUUGUAUCAUUGGCGGGGGGUGGGGGGGGGUGGUUGCUACCUUCAACACAACUUAAAUCCUGUGGUUAGGAGAGCGUGUAGUAAUCUCAAUCAUGUAUCGUGGCAUCUACCCAAGUGGUUAAUAUGGAAAUAUGAUUCCUACUAAGUUAUGAUUCAUUGUCUUUAAAACCAAGCAAAUGAUGGCUGUGUUUGGUAGGAAUAGACAUCUCAAACUUUGUCUUUCUUAAGUCCUUUCAAAAUCACUUUUUCCUUUGGAUUCUAGCAGGAGCUGUUAGGAUUUCUUAAUUACAGACUUUCUCUUCUGAAUUAUGAAUUUUUAAAACAAUAAUUAAUAGAGGCUUCCAUUGUCUGAGGGGCUUUUAGAUGUGAAGAGUACCCACAACUACCUGUACUUUGUUUAAUGAUUGUUUCAUUAAGUUCAUACCAAAAUAUUAAGGAACCUCAAAUUUUCUUGAGCAUUUAAACAUUAAUUCCAAAAUUGACUAAUUACGUUUUCUGAAAAAUGUUAAACUGUGAGUACAAAUUGAUGAGUCUUUUGAAAUAACACCUUAAACAGCUGGCAAGGAUUGUAAAAUGUACUAUUGCACAUUCACCUCAACUUAUUCUGAAACAUUACCUAAACAUAUAGUUUAGGUAAUUUCUUCUUCCUUCUGUACUUACUUAAUAACUUCCCAGUGUAGUAUGAUUCUUAAUGUGAUCUGUCCCUAAUGUCUCAGUAUUAGUACUUUCCUGAGUUUCAAUAGUCUGACUAGAAAUGAGGGAAAGAGAGAGGAUCCGGGUUAUCGACAGGUUGAAUCUUGGUCUAAACACAGUCUAGUCUGAUUGUGUAGACUGGGACAAUUGAAACUGAGUCACCAUGCCGAGCUGUUGUUUUUGGUUUGGUUUUUGUUUUUGUGGUAAACUUUUAAGUCCUCCUCUUAUAAAUGUCUUUGAAACUUGGUAUCUCUUGCAGUAACGAUGUAUUAAAGCUUUGCAUGGCUGGCAGUAUGUAACCUGUUGGCUUUGUCACUAGGGUAUUUUGAUAUGUUCUGUUUUCAUUAUUUAAAAUGGCUGUGUUCCUUAUUGGGAAUCUUGAUUCUAGGGCUUGCACUUCUUGGUAAUGAGGGAUUUAUGUACUUAACUUAUCUCUUCAGGACAUUGAAUAAUUCAUGUUUUAAAAUACGGUGUUAAAUUGUCUCUCUUCCUUAAUUACUGUAUAUGACCACCUGUGCCACCUGCUACCUGGUUAUUCUUUGUACCCACCAUGCAUCCAAUUAUUUAUGCUAAUAAAUCCACCCUAUUUUUUAUUUUA